ACUAAUAGCAUGAAGAUAAAGUUAGCUCCUUUUUGACUUUUCUACUUUUGGGUUUUAUCUCAUUCGAUUCAGAUUCUGUAUACACUUUAGGGUUCUUGGCUUGGCUCGUAGAUUUGUUUAAUCGAUUACUUUAUCUUUGGAUUCAGUAGUCAUCACAAAAAAAUGGUUAACUGUUUCAUUGUCUCUGGUUCUAAAUCUUACAAAACUCAAAAACUUUCUUCGUCUCUGUUUUUUGAACAGAACCGGAACGUUUUUGGGGGUUUCGAUUUCACUGAUUCUUAUAAACUUAGCUGCUAUCAUGGAACGAGCAGACGAGAAUCUGUUGCCUUCGGUUUAUAAAGAAGUGAGUGAAGCAUUUAACGCAGGACCAUCAGAUUUAGGCUACUUAACAUUCGUUAGAAACUUUGUUCAAGGACUUGCUUCUCCAUUAGCAGGAGUUCUUGUCAUUACCUAUGAUCGUCCCAUUGUUCUUGCAAUUGGUACUUUCUGUUGGGCUUUGUCUACUGCUGCAGUUGGAGCCAGCAGUUACUUCAUUCAGGUUGCUUUAUGGAGAGCAGUGAAUGGGUUUGGAUUGGCAAUUGUUAUACCGGCGCUUCAGUCGUUUAUCGCAGAUAGUUAUAAGGAUGGUGCCAGAGGAGCUGGUUUUGGUUUGUUGAACCUCAUUGGUACAAUUGGUGGUAUAGGAGGAGGUGUUGUAGCUACGGUCAUGGCGGGUUCAGAGUUUUGGGGCAUACCAGGAUGGCGUUGUGCUUUCAUAAUGAUGGCAACGCUCAGUGCAGUGAUCGGAUUACUCGUCUUUCUCUUCGUUGUUGACCCCAGAAAGAACAUUGAACGAGAGGAACUAAUGGUUCAUAAGAUGAAUUCGACCUCGGUUUGGAAUGAUUCAUUGGCAGCUGCAAAAUCUGUCAUCAAAGUAAGUACCUUUCAGAUAAUCGUGGCGCAAGGAAUCAUUGGUUCGUUUCCGUGGACCGCAAUGGUGUUCUUUACAAUGUGGUUUGAGCUUAUUGGUUUCGAUCAUAACCAGACUGCAGCUUUGCUUGGGGUAUUUGCUACGGGAGGUGCGAUAGGAACACUAAUGGGAGGGAUAAUCGCGGAUAAAAUGUCACGGAUAUAUCCAAAUUCCGGUAGAGUGAUGUGUGCACAAUUCAGUGCAUUCAUGGGAAUCCCAUUCUCAAUCAUUCUUCUGAAAGGAAUCCCACAAAACACAAGCAGCUACUCAAUCUUCUCAAUAACUCUCUUCUUGAUGGGUCUUACCAUAACUUGGUGCGGAUCAGCGGUUAAUGCACCCAUGUUUGCAGAAGUCGUUCCUCCUAGGCACCGUACGAUGAUCUACGCGUUUGACCGUGCUUUUGAAGGGUCAUUCUCAUCUUUUGCUGCGCCUUUGGUUGGAAUUUUGUCUGAGAAAAUGUUUGGGUAUGACUCGAGAGGUAUUGAUCCUUUGAAAGGUUCCUCUGUUCGUGAGGCUGAUGCCCUUUCAAAGGGGCUUCUGUCGAUGAUGGCUGUUCCGUUUGGGCUCUGCUGUCUCUGUUACACUCCUUUACAUUUUGUUUUCCAGAAAGAUCGGGAAAACGCGAAAAUGGCGAGCUCUAAAGAAACUGAAAUGAUCUGAGAGACUUAGAUUGCUCAAGUUGUGAUUCUUUUAAUACCACAAACGAUUUUGAAACCACUAUGUGAAGCAGAGGUGGACUUAUAAACCGAAUCAGAAGAAACCAAGUUCAUAGCAAAACUUUUAACCGUGACCAACAGAGAAUUUGAAAGUUGAAAACACUUUCUUUUUUGCGUUUUAGUUCUGAUGAAACUGAAUAAAUCAAAACUUAUGUA